UCCAGCUACUACGUGAAUGUGGCUGGAAUUAGUAAACAAAGUUAUAUUGAGUGGCACGAUCAAAACAGAUUAUGUACUUGAAGCGGUGCAAUAAGUCUCCCUUGUCAGUAAAUAUCUAAACAAUGUCAUAUAAGACACAAUCUGCUUUAUUCCGCUAUAUUUUGCAUCCUCAGCCAUGAGAAUUUUGGUGACGUUAUCCUUUAUCACUCUGGUAACUGCAGUCAGGAUCGUCCCGAUGAAUUUGCGAAAAUCUUGGGUCAAGCUAGCAGCGCCGCACUACACGUAUUGCCUUUGCAAAUCCGACGUUAAAGAGGAUUACGCGUCUCGCGUUUUUUUGUAUACCGAAUUUCCGAAUGAUCGUCGCCUAAAGAGAUAUCUUGAAUGCAUUUCAAUGAAGUUAAAUUUGAUGGAAGCGGCAACAGGUGCCUGGAACGAAAAAGAGUUUAUUCGACAGGUCGGGGGAGUCACCGCCAAAAUUAUCGCGAUGUGUAAUGAGGACGGGAAGGGGGAAGUUGAUUUGCCGCAAAAAGCCUACAAUAUGUUCCUUUGUAUUGCCGUUACGUUGGCAGUUGACGAAAAGUGGGACAGAAGACAAAGCGACAGGAAGGAGUUUGAGGGAAAGAUCUGCCUUUAGAUUGUUCCGCGUAUGAAGCUUUUGUCAAAAUUUGUACACAAUCACUUUUCUCAAAAUUACAUGAGGUGUAAUCUGUAAAUCAUAUCUAAGCAUAAGCCAUUUAAUUUAAAUCAAAAGUGAAAACUACGACAGUACUAUAUUGUA